AGUUCCUAACGGAGGUGUUAUUGUUAACCCUCCAUUGAACAUUAUGGUUAAUUCAGCUCACUAUCGACCACGUGGAAGAGGAAGACCGGCAUCAGCUGAUAUUGCUAUAUACCCAACUCCUCGUAGACCUUCCCGACAUCGUGAAAUUCCUCCAGUUGAUAAAACAGGAAGACCCCACGCACGAAUAAUGUGCGAAAUUGCAGUGUCCCAAAAGUAUGAUGGCCGGAAAGGUUGGAAUGCAAAGUGUUGUCGUUGGAUGCGACAGGAAUACGUAAGAUGUGUAUUCGGAGUUAAAAUUUAUAAUCCAAGAGCUACAAGAAAUACGAACGGACAGUUUGAUCGGUGUAUGAUUGCCAGACUCUGGACACGUCAUGCAACACCAAUACCAGGAACACACAUAGCAGUACCAGGACAGUCAGGAGUAUAUUAUGAAGAA